AUGGUGCACUCACCAAUCCAACCAAUGUCGAUAUUCAGAGAUCACCAUGUGCCAAGGUCGAUGAACCUGCUGGCUGGCAACCAGGACAGCAAUUCACUAGAGCUUCUCAGUCACUACCUCAGCGCAACUUCGCUCAGUAUGGCCAAUGGGUCUACAGCGGACAACCCGUUCACUGCCCAAUUGAUUCCUCUAGCAUUCAGCAGCGAUCUCGUCUUACAAUUACUCCUUACGCAGAGUGCUGUUCACCGAGCAGCAAAGUCUCUAGUCCCGACGGAUCAUAUCGCGACAAAAUAUUACAACCAGUCUCUUCGACUCUUUCAGCAAAACAUAUCGACCUACAUGGGUGGGCAACACGGCGAAGAAACGUUGAUCUUGGGCAUCGGUGCCCUGAUCCUAUGCUUGGUUGAGACUGCCAAAGGUGACGUGAACGGAACCAUCUUCGACCAUCUCAUGGCAGCCCAGUCCUUGAUCUUGCCCUUUUUAUCCGCAAACAACACUUUUCUACACAAGACUUUGAAGGAUUUCUUGACCGAAUACUACAUCUACACGGCAACCGUCAGCAUGAUAUCCAUAGACGCACGACUUGGUGAUCAACUAUUCCUCAGCAACGACCUGAUCCUCCUUGCGACUGAGCUCGUGGCAUCCUCGUACAUUGGAAGCUUGUGCGGAUGCUGGCUGGAUUUGAUCUUGUUAGUGCCAUCGAUAUUCGACCUGGGACGUCGGAUCAUGAGCCACAUGGACGAGCCGGACUGGCGUCCAUCAGCUGAUGAUUUUAUUCUGUUUUCACAACUACAAAGCCAGAUUCUCAACUGGCAACCAAACCCCAUGGUGACUGAAAAUGUUGCCUUGGCGGGAUACAUCUACCAGAAAGCCUUGUUGCUCUAUCUGCACACGGCAUUACAUACACUCUCGCGUGAGGAGCAUGGCCUCCAGGUAAUGGCUAUCCAGAACGCUCUCAGCGGAGCUCUCUCACAUCUAGCACAACUAGACCCAAGCGUUCGUAUCAACACCAGUUUAUGUUGGCCCAUCACUAUCAUCGGUUCUUGUGUCACAGACAAAGGACAGCAGGAGUUCUUGCACGAGAGAUUGGGCCAUAUGUUCGCUACCAUCGGCCUGGGCAACAUCCGACAAACUUCAGUAGUACUGCAGCACCUUUGGGACCACAACGAGGCUGUGCCGGCGGAUAUUGGAGCAGGUCCUUGGCAGGUGUGUCGGGUCAUGAAUGAGAAUCAGAUUUGGAUUUCUUUUGCGUAG